AUUCACUGCCUCGCUCCUUAAUUCACGACGCCGGCGACCCAGAUUUGCUGCGUUUUGGAACGUGAAUUUUGUGUUUUGAUGAUCCAACGCUGUGACAAUUUCAUGUUGCUGAGCUUUUGAGAGAAGUUUGAAGUGUUUUUCCAUCUCGAAAUUGGCUUCGAGUUGACGUAGAUCGGCGGCACUAUCGAAGCUGUUUGCGGAGGAGGAGCCGCUGUUUGCAGUAUUUUGUGUAGGUUGUAAAUCCAUGGAGUCGAAUCUCGUCGUGUUUUUGUUACGAUGCUUUUGUCAAUGGUAGAAUCACAUACCGGCUCAUAGCCCCUGGUGGCAUGGUGGAGUUCGAGAAAACUAUCAACGGCGGUGCACCAGAAUUCGACACACGAUGCCCGAAAGAGUUGAAGCGCGGGUGGCUCCAAUUGUGGUUGUAAAAACCAACGUCGCCGCACGAUCUGCUGUUGUUGAAGGCUCGGAUCCAUCGCUGUUCUCGCGCUACUUCGUGUUCGGAUGGCAGUCAAUUUCGUUCGACAAUCCCCGGAGUAAACUGAUCUUGUUAGGGUUGUCAGUGGUUGGCAUUGCUGGCGUCUGCGUGAUGGUGAAAAGGGGAACGAUAGCUUUCCCCGAUUGGCGACGGCACCUGGAGAGUCCACCAAAUGUCCAGAAACCGAAACUCGCAGAACUCGGUCGGUGCAAAUUUGGCUAUCAGGAUGUUUAUGACGUGGAGUCAGUGGUUACCGGAUUCGGAAGCUAUGACUGGGAGCAAACACACGCGCCGGCUACGCAAACUGCGGUUGCAAUCGAUUCUGUAAUUAAAGCCGGGGCCGUGUCAACUGGAAAACAGACCAUGGACGAUUUCGGUUUAAGUAUGUUUGGUAGAAAUUGGCGUGACGGGCCGGCCGAAAAUCCUGUAGCUCCAAAACAUUUCUCAGGAGGAGCGGCGAGUGGCUCCGGUGUUGCAGUUGCCUCCAAUGCCGUCGACUUUGCUCUUGCGAUUGAUUCAAUAGGAGGAGUUCGAAUUCCUGCCGCAUUUUGUGGCAUUUUUGGUUACCGGGCGUCCCAUGGAGUCAUAUCUACCGCAGGAGUAACUGCGGUUGCGCCUAGCUUGGAUGUUGUAGGGGUGUUUUCCAGGGAUCCGUAUGUGUUGCAUCAAGUAGUAAAGGUGCUUUUAAAGCAACCCGAGUUGGAAUGGGGUUCCCCUGCAGAAGUGCUCAUUGCUGAUGAUUGUUUCGGAUUAUCUACAAUCUCGUCCGUUCGCACUGCGGACCUUCUGGCCAGGGCCGUCUCCGACACAAUUGGACGCAGUCUCAUACACCAUGUGAACCUUGGAACCCACAUAGCCUCCAACGUCCCCACUCUGCGGAACUUUUUGAUGGAGGAAGAGCGGCUUCUCCAACAAGAUACCUCUCGAUACUCGACUUAUGAUGGUCUUCGAGAUGCUAUGAUCUUGAUAUUGCGGGAAGAGUUCAAAGAGAAGCACCGGAAGUGGUUCGAAGAUGUAAAUCCAGAGCUAGCCCCAGACGUUGAUGUGCGAGUGAAAUUCGCAAUGGCUCCUCAUUUGGAUGGUUUGCAUAGGUUGGCUCUUAAAGUCAAGGAUGAGACUAGGGCUGCCAUGAACGAACUUCUCUUGACGGAUACCUUGCUUGUGAUACCAUCAACUCCAAGUUUGCCGCCGAGCAAAGCAGCCAGGGGUAAAGAACUGGAGUUUUUUGAGUCAAGAGCUUUGAGUAUUCUAAGCAUUGCCUCCAUGUCAGGAUGUUGUCAAGUAACUGUUCCUAUAGGGGAUGUGCGAGGAAUACCGAUAAGUGUAUCGCUUAUGGCUAGAUGCGGAGGUGACUUAUUUCUGUUGGACUCUUUGAUUAAGUUGAAUCCAAAACUUCAGCUAGAAGUCGAUAUACUAAAGCAGAAGCGAUCGUCUAUGCGGGAUGAACAUACCAGUGUGAGAAAUUCAGUUCUUUGGGAGGUCUCUCUACCGAGAAGAACUUCAACACGCCGUCCAACAAAGUAUCAAUGAAAUCAGACACAUGCAGAAUAUAAUUUUGUGGUUGAUAUUCCUCGCAGCAAUACGCUCCUAAAUUUGGAAUCCUGGACACUGAUCUUGGUGAAGGCCACAUGGUCAAGUGUUCUGUGAAUGUUUACAGAUUAUCCCUCACAACAAUCAAGUUCUUCAUGAUAGCUUAUUGAAGCGCCUUGCCUCACUUUCUUGACCUCAACUUUAACAGUGGCCAUCGCCAUAACUGUGAGUUUAAGAGGAAGGGAAUGACAAUCAGAUUCGGGUGAAUACAAGGUAACUGGCAUUUUAGCCAGUUUUAUAUAUCAAUCCAAACGUCGACGACAUAAAUGUCGCGAUGAUCGAGAGAGAGACGGGUUGCAGGCCAGUUGGACCACUUUGUUCUUGAAACUUUUGGGACAUGUCUGAUGCUUUUUUUUCCACUUUUUCCCAUCAUACAGAAAUUAAGGAAUUAGAAAGCAGCGGUGGGUCCCUUUUCAUGUGCA